AUGGCACCCGCCUUUUAUGGAGUGCUCCUAGUGAUUAGCCUCUGUGCUCCUAUCCGCUGUGUGCAUCCAUCCAGGCCCCCUAACCGAGGUGCUCCCCAACCCUCCUCCACAAAGGGCACCACCACCUCCCAGGUGGCCUCCAGCAACACCGACUUCGCCUUCCGCCUGUACCGGAGGCUGGUGUUGAAGACCCCGAAUCAGAACGUCGUCUUCUCUCCCCUGAGCGUCUCUGCCUCCCUGGCCAUGCUGUCCCUCGGGGCCCGCUCCACCACCAAGAGCCAGAUCCUCCGGGGCUUGGGCUUCAACCCCCAACACACGCCAGAGGCGGCCAUCCACCGGGGCUUCCAGCAUCUGGUCCACUCCCUCAACGUCCCCAACCAGGACCUGUGCGUGAAGAUGGGGAGUGUCCUCUUCAUCAGGAAGGAGCUGAGGCUGCAAGAACAGUUUUUGGUGGAUGUCAAGAGGCUGUAUGAGGCGGAAGUCCUCUCUACCGAUUUCUCCAACACCUCCACUGCCCUGGCGCGGAUCAAUGGCUACGUGGAGAAGGAGACCAACGGGAAGGUCGUGGGCUUAGUCCAAGAGCUGGAGCCGAUGACGGCGAUGGUCCUAGUGAACCACGUUUUCUUUAAAGCCAAAUGGAAGAAGCCCUUUGCCCCUGCAGACACAAGGAACAGCUUCCCGUUCCUGGUGGACAAGAGGCCCUGUGUGCGGGUCCCCAUGAUGCACCAGGUGGAGGAGUUUGCUUUCGGGGUGGAUCUGGAGCUGAACUGCUCGCUGCUCCGGAUGGACUAUAGUGGGGACACCAGUGUCCUUUUCAUGCUACCAGGCCAGGGCAGGAUGAGGCAGCUGGAACAGGCCUUGUCAGACAGGAGGCUGCAGAAGUGGAACCACUUACUCAGGAAGAGGUGGGUGGAGGUGUUCAUGCCCAAGUUUUCCAUUUCCGCUUCCUAUGACCUGGAGACCAUCCUCCCAAAGAUGGGCAUCCGAGACGCCUUUGGCAAAAACGCUGAUUUUUCUGGGAUCACAAAAAGAGACUCGCUGCAGGUUUCCAAGGCUGCCCACAAGGCUGUGCUGGACGUCGACGAGGAGGGCACAGAGGCCGCGGCCACCAGCGCCACCAAGCUCGUGGUCCGGUCGAAGGGCAGGCCCGCCUCCCACACCAUCACCUUCAACAUGCCCUUCCUGCUGCAGAUCACUCACGGGGCCACAGGCACCCCUCUCUUCCUAGGGAAAGUGACGGACCCCACUAAAUUCUAGUGGCAAAAAAGCCUGCUGACUGAGUCCAUAGCAACCAUGUGCUCCUGGGGUGAUGAGAGCUUGGGGUCCUCGUGUUCUGAGGGUCGCUAGCCCCAGCAGAGCUGUGCGCCCACCCAAGAUGCCACUGUGAGUCUCCAUCCCCUAAAGUCAGCAGAGAUCUUAUCACAAAUCAACAGUCGUGGUCUUUCCCGAGCGCUCCUGGCAAUGACCGUGAGUUCUUCCCGGGCUGGCGUCCGUCCAGUCCUGGGGGCCCCUGGGAAUGGGAACGGGGGCUGGCAGCG